AUGCAAUCAAGUCUUCACCGCUAUGAGCGGGCCGAGGAGAAGACGGGGCCUGUGCCCAAGCCGCGCCCUGCGAACGCCUCCACCGGCGUCUUAGUCGAUGAGAAGGAGGAACAUCAGGCCGGUCUGCAGGACAACGUCAGGAGGCCGGCCACCGAGUCGCUGGUGCACACCAAGCUUAUCGCGGAGGGUCUGUUCGACGUGUCGAGGACCUCUGGCGGGCGAGGUACCGGCACGAGCCCGUUCGAUCAGUUCGCCGCGAACAUCCCCCGGGUCAGCGGCAAGAACCCAGACGAUCCGAAGCGGUCGCCGGAUGCUUUCGAUGUGCUUGCAAAGGUGUUCGACUUUCAGCAAGAUUCGGUCUUGAACCAGCGAGACAACGCCAUAUCCAUGCUGGCUAGCCGCCUAUCCAGGGCUGUUGGGCAUGAGCUUGAGAACCAAGUGACUCUGCAGGAUGCCGGUCUCGUCCUGGAGGCCUUUCGAGGAGAGCUUUUGUCCAACUACACACGGUGGUGUAGCUUUCUUGGCGUGACCCCGGUCUCGCUGCAGCCGCUAUUCACACCCCCCGGAGGCGAAAGAGCGGUAGAGUUCGCCAUGGCUACGGAGGGCGCGCUCAUGCUGCUCAUCUGGGGAGAGGCGGGCAACCUGCGCUUUUGCCCCGAGUUCCUCUGCUUCCUGUACCACAAGAUGUCCCACACGUUCAGGACCGUAAUCGAGGGCAAGUCGCCGGACAUUACGGUUCCCUCGUACCUCGACGAGGUAAUCACCCCGGCCUACAGCCUCUUGGCGGAGCAGCUGUCCAAGAUCGGGCACGGAGUGAUCGACCACUCGAGCGUGAGAAACUACGACGACUUCAACGAGAUAUUCUGGCAGGAGGAGUGCCUCAAGCUCACGAUCGCCACCAUGUUCGAGGGGAAGACUCUCAAGAAGAAGUUCCAGAAGACUUUCGUGGAGCGACAGAGCUGGCUGGUGCCCAUAUUUCACUUCUGGAGGGUGUACGCGCUUCACAUCAUGGGGUUGCACGUGAUGAUCGUGGGCGCCAAGUGCCAGCAAGACUUGGGGGAGUGCAGCUAUGCCCAGUGGGCGUCGACCGUGAUCACGCUCUACGCGUGCUCGUUCGUCAGGGACCUGUGGGACAUCAAGCAGGCGGCGUACGUCUUCGGAGGUCACCGGGGACCCUUCGGGCAGCUCCUCCUCAACAUCCUGCGCGGCGGGCUGAAGGCGGUCAUCACUCUCCUCCUCGUGGUCAUGUACUGGUCCGACAGCGAGUUCUUCCCAUACACGGCCGCCGUAUUCUUCGUCAUCGCCGCUGCGUCGGAGGCGGUGAUGCUGACGGAGCUGUGGUGGGGCAUCGCCUCGUACGGCAAGUGGGGCACUUCCACGGAGCGCAGCUGCGCCGGCGGCGGCUUCGCGGCCUGCCUACCCUCUCGCCUACGGCAACUGGGGUGGUCGUUCAUCGGGAGCAUGAGCGGAAUCAACUCGGUCAACCUCUACACCCAGGUGCAUUCCCUUCCUCCGAUAACGAAGAGGGUGGCCUACAUCCUGUUCUGGGCUCUCGUCCUCACUACCAAGAUCCUGUUCAGCUACUUCGUGGUGAUCAAGAAGAUGACUCUGGCGACCUACACCCUCAACGAGGCUGAUCCCACGGACUACGACUUCGGCGUCCUCGGCACUCUCGAAGACACCGGCAACUACCUCUACAUCGCCGCACUGUGGCUGGGCAGCGGCCUCAUCUACUUCCUCGACAUGCAGAUAUGGUUCGUGGUGUGGGCUAACAUCGCGGCCGCUUGCGAGGGCGUGAGGCGGAGAGUGGGUGAGCUCCACUCUGGUUCGCAAGUGGUGCGCGCUUUCAGCCAUCUUCACAAGGAGUUCUUCAACUACUUGAAGCGCGAGAUGCAGAGCACGACGAUGCACACGCGGUUCGCCCACGUGUGGAACGAGAUCGUCGACGCCAUGCGCGAGGAGGACAUCCUGUCCAACAGGGAGCGGCUGCAGCUGCGCUACUUCCUGAUCAACCUCCGACUGCCCACCGCCGAUCCCAACGCGCGCAACGUCAACUUCGCCCCGGAGGCUCAGGAGGGGGAGUGGGGGCCCCUGUUCACGCUAUUGCCGGAGUUCCUCAUGUCGGGAGCGGUACAGCGCGCGGUACAGUCGGCUUCUGAUUUCGGGAAGAAGAUCGCAGACGACGUUGCGGAGAUCAAGCGCGAGGAGAGCCUGGCCAUGCACCAGUCUCGCAACAACGUGGUGAGGGCCUCGGGGGUCUCAGUCAACGACCGGCAGGCCAACGCCAGCAGGCUGCGCGCCAAGCUUGCGUACCACCAGGCGAAGUUCCUCCUCACCAACGGGAACGACCAGGUGUCUUCGGAGAUGGUGCGGCAGCUGUCUGCCACCGCCUUCAUCCUCAUGGACGCGCUGUGCAGGAACGAUGAUCUGUCUCGCUCGCUCUGGAACCUUCACCGGGCUCUGUUUGCCAGCGAUGUUGGCCAGGGUGGGAAGGGCAUCGGAAAGUCGGAGGGCUGGAUCGCGGCGCUGACGAACUUCAGCGACAACAAGGACAAGCCGGCCGUGAAGGUGGUGGCUUCCUUCAGCAAGAGGAACCUUCUCUUCUCCGUUCAGAACUUCCCCGGCUUCGUGGCUGCCAUGAUCGAGCUGGUCAAGGCCCUGAACAAGCACGUCACCACCCCCAACUGGAACAAGGACGUCGCCGCCAAGCUGGACAAGAUGGUUGAGGCGCUGUUGGCUCUGCUGGAGACGAAGACCGACUCCAUCCCCGACAACACGGCGGCGAACGCCUUCCUGAAACUUCUCCAGAACGUUCGCCUCAACCUGGACGCGUGGAGGUCGUCCUUCAGCGAGGCCGGGGGCGCGGCGCCGGGAGCUCGGCCGUUCAAGUCGACGGCGAAGGAGUUCCUCCGCCGGACACAGGUGUUCCUGGAGGCGCCCGGCAACUCGCAGCCCGGACUGAUCAAGGGUGCGGAGGCCCGACGGCGGAUCACCUUCUUCGUGAACUCGCUGUUCGUGGAACAGCCCAAGAAGAGGAAGGUUCUCGAGAUGCCCUCCCUGACCACGCUGACGCCUUACUACAACGAGGACGUGGUGCUGUCGAUGGAGAGCCUUCGGGAGGAGACCCAGGACGGUGUUACCGUACUCGAGUACCUCAGGCAAGCGACCAUCACUAUAUCCAUCUACCCGGACGAGUUCGACAACUUCGUGGAGAGGAUGCGAGUGAUGAGCACGAGUAAGAGCAAGAAGUACCUGUUCGACCUGGACGUGAUUGACCCCAUGCUCGACGUCGUGCUGGACACGGAGCUCGGCGCAGACCUCUCCCGAGACAGCGUGUUGAAGCGGGUGGAGAGAGCCAUCAUCACCGCCGUGCAGAAGAAGCGGAAGAACGACGGGCUCGACCCGGUGGACCCAAAGGAGGUCGAGGAGGCCGCCAAGGACGUAGACGUGGACGACAUGAUGCUCCAGCUGCAGAUGUGGGCGAGCAACCGGGGGCAGACCCUCUCGCGGACGAUCCGCGGGAUCAUGUACUACAGCCAGGCAGUCCGCCUGCUCGCGGUGGUGGAGAACAUUUCGGAGUUCCAGCCCCAGGAGACCGGCUACAUGUUCGGAAGCAGCGACCGCCCGCUCAACGACGAGGAAGCGGACGAGUUCCAGGGUCACGACAUUGGUGACGCCGUGAACGCGGUCCUCAAGCCGAAGCGACCCCGCCGCACCGAGAGCGGCGACGGCGGCGGCGGCGACGACGCGGCCUGGCGCCUCAAGUUCUGGCAGAGGCACGCCUCCGGCACUCCUACGAAUGCCGCCGCCGCCGCCGCCCAGCAGGCCGGCGGCGGUGACGGCCGCCACAUCCGCAGCCAGACCUCGUUCCGGCACUUCUUCAACCGCAACAAGAAGUCCGACCUCGAGGCCACCCUGGACCAGGACCUGCAGCAGCUAGAAGACGGCGGCACGCCCGUUGUCCACAGGAGGUCGGCGACUACGGCGGCGGGCAAUAACAACCAGAGGGCGGGCGCCCAAAGGACGGCCCAGCGCAAGGGCCGUUCCCCGGUCCGGCCCAGGGGGGUCGCCGCGGGAUCGGCCGAGGCCGGCGUCGUAGAUCUCGGAGAUAUCAAGGGCGGCAAGCUCAAGGCAGCGGUGAAGAGGGCAUUGGCGGCGAGCAGGAGGGAGAAGGAGGCGGCCGCGAGGCGUGGGCGGCAAAAGAGGCGGGAGGAGCAGGAGCUCGGAGACUUCCAGGGUUUCAUCCAGGUGAAGGACCCGGCGCUGGACAAGUCGUGCGUGGAGUACGGGCUGACGGCGGAGCUCGCGGAGACCAAGUACAGGUGGGAGGCCGGCGGUUUGUCGGUUUCCAAGGGGCGAGACACAGGCGUAUCCCAGGUGACGGGGUUCACAGCCAAGAUCAGCAUGGGUAACGGCAUGCAGGCCCGGUCUAGGGAGGUUGGAAGACUGGCGUCUCAGUUCGACAUUUUCCGGCUGCUUUCGUUCUACUACAGCAGCGUCGGCGGCUUCAUGAACCAGGUGCUUCUCAUGACGGCGGUCUUCCUUUACGUGUACGCGAAGCUGUACAUCGCGUUCGACCCCGACUUCGUUGACACGGUCGACGACGAUGUGCUCGAUGCCAUCUCCAGCCAGUUCCUCUUCCAGCUGGGUUUCCUGCUCAUCCUCCCCAUCCCGCUGCUUCUGGCCGUAGAGCAGGGCAUGCAACGCGCUGUCUCGACCCUGUUCAACAUCAUGCUCCGCCUGGCGCCCUUCUUCUUCAUCUUCUCGGCCGGCACGAACGCCCACUACGUCAACAGCGCCGUCAUGACGGGGCAGGCCAAGUACCAGGCCACGGGACGCGGCUUCGUCAUCGCCCACGAGUACUUCGUGGACAUGUUCCCCCUCUACCUCACGAGCCACUUCAACCCGGCCUUCGAGCUGCUGGUGGUUUUGAUCGUGUACGCCAGCUUCGCGACGUCCGGCUACUUCCUUGAGACUUUCUCCGUGUACCUGCUCAUCAUCGGCCUGCUGUGGACACCGCUGGUCUUCAACCCUAACGGUCUGGACUUCACAUACGCCAGCCAAGACUUUACCGGGUGGAUGGAGUGGAUGAACAGCCCCGUGGAUGACCCGAAGAAGGGCUGGCUCUCGUGGUACAGCAGGGUAUUGGAGGAGACGAGGACCGAGCUUCCCUUCGGCAAGAAGCUGCAGGCCAUCUUCCGCCGCUCACGGCUGCUGAUCCUCGUGUACGGCUUCCUGACGGCCAUCGGCGAGGACUACGACGGCGGCAUCGACGGCGACGUGUGGCCCGGCUCGGUGGUGGUGGGCACGUGUAUGCUGAUCGUCGUGGGGCUGCUCAUGUGCCAGUCCUGGAUCCGCUCCAAGUGCUGCCCCCCCAAGGCGCUCAAGGGAGGCAUUCAGGCCGCCAGGUGGGCUCGUCUGUCGAAGCUCUUCAUCCUGGUGGGCGUUAUCGUUGGCGUCAUCGUGCUCACGGAUUUGGACAUUCUCGAGAGUAUUCGACAGUUCAUCUUCUACAUCCUGUCGUUCGUGAUCCUCAUCUACUACGUGUCCCAAAUCGUCGUGCUCUUCAUGGAAGACGCUCUGAGGAACGUGGCCCUGGUUAACCUGGCGUUCAAGUCAGUGCACCUCAUCACGGGCAUUGUGAUAAUUGCCCCGGUGCUGCUGCUGAGCUUCUUCCCCCUCUUCGUCGACCUGCAGACGCGAAUGCUCUUCAACGAAGACUUCUCCCAGAGGUUCUCCAUCGCCAAGAUCUUCGCGAGACAGAGCAACCGCCGCCAUGUAAAGAAGAACGACUAAACGCCGGUGGUCGUCCCACCAUCCUCGCCGCAGGGCGGAGCAAUCCGACCGUCAUGUCGUGAAAGAGGAGCGGUUAGGACUACUAUGAUAGUAGUUCCGGCACAGUCGUUCCCACUUUAAGGACACCCACGGGGUUACUUGAAAAGAACCGUGCCCUUAGAGCGGGAGAUGUGUCCUUAAUGCCCCCGUGCUGUUUUAGCAUUCUGCGGGGCACCAUGCUUCUGAAAAUAAUGGUGUCGUUGAAAGCGGGGAGCGUCCUUAGGUGGGGACGACUGUACUAUUUAUUAUUUGCGUUACUUUGAUUGUUGUAGGGGAAGUUCGGUCCCCAUUGGAGAUGGUAGUUGAUACUUGAUAUAAUAGUUGCAGGGGAGGCUAGGGGAGGGCUAAGGGACCAAGUGUCAGGCGAAAGGUUUUGAUUGGGCGGUGGGCAAGUAGUCUGGAUCGUGGUGCGAACAGCGGUUGGUUGCGUUUGUUCCAUGGCGGGGGACUUUCCGGAUGAAGAAGGAUGGGAGUAUAGCAUAGAGGGGCCUGUACCGAGUUGGGCUUGCAUGAAUACGGCGUGUUGCACUCUCGUUGUUUUUGGUGUAAGAGCCCGGUGUUUGUUAGUAGGCCUUUUUCUUUUCCCGGCCAAAAGUUUUUGCUUGGUUCCCGUGGACUAGGCUAGGUAAGCUUUUUUUGUUGGGUGUCUAUGGUUGUCUGCGGGUAUGUGUUGCCCCUGCUGG